AUGAGUGAGAGAACAGCCAAGCAGUGGGUUCUUCUGGCUGCUGGUUCCAGGGGCUGGAUAAAUUACAGACAUCAGGCUGAUGUGUGUCAUGCCUAUCAGAUGGUUCACCAGCAUGGUAUUCCAGAUGAGCAGGUGGUGGUGAUGAUGUAUGAUGAUAUAGCGAACAAUGAAGAGAACCCAAAUCCAGGUGAAAUCAUUAACAAGCCCAACGGAACCAAUGUCUACCCAGGAGUACUGAAGGACUACACUGGAGACGAUGUUUCAGCCAGCAACUUCCUGGCUGUGCUUUGUGGAGAUGAAGCAGCUGUUAAUAAACAGAACACAGGAGCAAAGAAAGUCUUGAAAAGUAAUGAAAACGACGUGAUUUUCGUCUUCCUCUCAGAUCACGGGAAUAAAGGAAUAUUUGCCUUUCCCAGGGGUUAUCUUUAUGCAUCUGACCUUAUGGCCACUAUAAAAGAGAUGGCAGAACGCCAGCAGUUCUCAAAGAUGGUGAUUUAUAUAGAAAGCUGCUGUUCUGGAUCCAUGAUUGAACAUCUCCCACAAAACAUGCAGGUUUACGGAGUUUCUGCCUCCAGCCCCUCUCAAUCCCACUGCGCCUGUUUCUAUGAUGAAGAAAGAUUUACGUUUCUCGCUGGAGAAUUCACUGCAUGUUGGCUUUUCCACUGUCAUACUUCUGACUUUACCAGAACCACCCUCCAGGAUCAGUUUGUGCAUUUGCGAGAGAUGAUCACCCAGUCUACUCCUUAUCAGUACGGUAACAACGAGCUUAGCAAAAUGUUCCUCUGCACAUUUUUGGGCUCUUCGUCUCAGACAGCAGAUUCUAAACCAACUGAAUCCUUCACACUAACUCACCUCACACCAUCCUGUGAGGUUCCACUGAUCAUCCUAAAGAACAAAAUUCAGAGAGAAACAGACCCAGAGAGAAGAGAAGCUCUACAGCGAGACUACCACAAGAAGAUCCAGACGAGAGCUAAGAUUGAAAGGACGAUGCAAGACAUUGCUAAGCUUGCCUCUCCUGAAGUUGGCACCAUGCCUUUAAAGGACAGAAAUCCACUUACUGGACUGAACAAUAUGAAAGAUGUAGCAGAACAUUUCAGAUUGACCUUCAGUGAGUGGUGUGAGGAGCAGGAUGAUGGAUUUGUCCUGUCUUGUAUGCAUGUAUUUGCAACUCUUUUGGAGUCUGGAGUGGAGGUUGCCAGGAUUAAAGAAGCUGUAAGUUAUGUGAACUCCAGUGAGCACUGAAGCUGAAGAACUACUGAUCUACUGACCGCAGUUCCAGCUCUAACUCUCAUUUUCAAACAUCACUGACUGAAAGUGAUUUAAAUAUUCAUGAUUUACUUUAAUGUGCACUUUCUGUCACUUCACAAUUGAGUAUGGUCAAUUUUAUUGAUUUAUUUGUCCUAUUUGUUAGCAGACACUUUAAGGUUUUACACAACAAUACAUUUAUACACAGUCAGUUAAUGUAUUUUGAGUUAAUUAGACAUUUUGGUUAAGACAAAAACUUAACAUGCUUUAUGAAUCUGUCUUAUUUAUCCAAAUAAAAGUAUCAAUUUUACUUUCCCAUACCAACUAGCUCAAAUGUGAUACUGCAAUAAACAUAGUGACAAUAAAAAGACAACAAGCUAACUGUUCAAAACAAUGUCAUUUUAUUUCAAAACUAUUAAAAUUAACAAACAGUA